UAUGUAUACAAACAUACAUUGUAAAUAUACAUGCAUACAUAACAAAUAUACAUGCAUACAUAGUAAUUAUACAAACAUACAUAAUAAAAAUACAUGCAUAUAUAACAAAUAUACAUGUAUACAUAAUAAGUAUACAUGAUUACAUAAUAAAUAUACAUCCAUACAUAACAAGGAUACACGCAUACAUAGUAAGUAUACAUACAUACAUAAUAAAUAUACAUUCAUACAUUACAAAUACACUUGCAUACGUAGUAU